GUAACGUUAUCUACGUCCAAACCUAGAAUGAAAAUACCAGCAUUGGCACCACAAUUCGAGAAAGAUGCUAACAGAAGACGUUACAUUCCUACAGUUUGGAGCUCGCCGAACCCAAGUCUUCUUCAAAGAAGACUCUAUGGGCCCAAACGUAGAACCACGAUCACAGCCACAGUUGUGAGACCAGCGAAGAUAAAUGGGAACAGGCACAAUGUCUAUCAAUAUUGGAACCAUCCAAGCCAAGGCCCUCACCAUAGACCUGUCCUAACCCCGAAACGAGGAGUGCAAAAGACGACCUUUCCAUUUCAACUCAAGUAUGGCAUCAGAGAGCAUGAUGAUGUUACCCGAAAUUCUAAUCACAGACCGGUCUAUGGUGCCGAUGACUAUUCACCAAGCUGGAGCGGUCAAACAACAACUCUUUCAGAUAAACGAUUUCGUUUCUCCAGGAAUAAGGUCACAAUAAAGACAAUUUCGCCAUUUGUUGGUCGGAAUGGGUUUAGGAAAGCCCACAAACUUCGUAGAGACUGGAUCCCUUUUAAACCCGGAACUUUUAUUCCAUUGUAUCGCUACACAGCAAUAAAGAGAAAUUUCCCAAUAAUAAUGCAUACUCGCGUGGACCAGAAUCGAUAUGAACCAAGUAUCUCGCCUAAAGCACCUAGUUGGCUAUUUACAAUGCAACGCAAUCGAAUACCACGCAGCAGAAAGAUGAGGAGAGUUUCAACUCGUGGGUUAAUUUCCUCCUCAGAAUACGGGAGGGCCACUCCAGGACUCACAAUACCAGGCCUAGCAAAUAACGACCCUCAACGAGAAUUUGCAAUGCAGCGAAAUUUGGAGCUUGAGUCCAGUCAAGAUCUGAACAAUGCAUAUGAGAGCAGGGACACUGCACUUCAAAACCUGUUAGGAGAAGUUAAUCUGAGUGGAAGCAACUUGAUUUCUGAGAGUGCACUGAACCAGCCGGCCUCGUCGAGUUCAGGGUACAAGACAUCUGCGGCAGAGCAGGAAUGGAGACCGGUACCGAGAACUUCUGGAACUACGAGCUACAUGAGAAAGGAAAGCAAACUAAAUGAUCCAAAGCUGAUCAGGUUGAGGCACAUUCUUCGGAAUAUGAAAAAGCGGAGUCUUAAUCCAACGAGAGCCGACAGCAAUGAUGACUUAUUAAGUAAAUAUGCUUUGCGAAGAACAGGAGUAUUGUACCACUCAAAUGAUGCGCGUCUUCUCGAUAAACGCAAGGCCAAUGACGAGAAAGAAAAGAGAUCUUCAAUGCGUAAAGCAAAGGGAAGAUGGAACUGGGGAAUUCUUAAUGAAUUGGCACCUAACGUCAGGCUGGCAUCUAUGAUUUUAUUAAAGCAAAAAAGGCAAGACAUGCGCAAAAGGGCACUUCAGCAGUCACAUGAUCCUGCUCGAAACUCGUCCGCAAAAAUCGUAAAGGGGAGGUCAACUAGUCCUACGAAAGUUGAAAGCGCACCAGCCGUUUUGAAAAAGGAGAAGGAGAAGUCACCUUUGUUAUCAUCAGAAACUGUUUCGUCAAAUGUGCGUCAUGUGCCUCAUCCUAGCAAACGAAAGAAAAAUAAACACAAACAUGCUCGAAAUUUCAUCAACGUAAACGGGGGUGGAAUGUACUUCAAUACAAGAAAAGGUUACCUAAACCGCCAGUUCUCACCUCUUCAAGACAAUGCUGCAACAGAAAGAUACGAGCCAUUCUUCAAUACUAGAGGGCCGUUUCAAGUCUCUCAAAUGGCCAUGGCGGAUCGUAUGCGUGCGAUGCGAACACAUGGUUUAUUACAUUCCUUAGGCAAUAUUAACCCACAGGUUUUUUUUCAUAGGCCUUCUCGGUUUCCAUUAAUUCCUACGUCUCAGCGGUUUAUGGCGAUGCAACGAUAUGGAUCAUCUGUAGGAAACUUUCCAUCUGAGUACAAGAUGCCAGUUUUUCCACCGACCCAUAAUAGUUUUAGCAUUCCCUGGAACAUGGGAGUGGCAAACAGGAUGACAGAGACACAAGAAGCAGAGAAUGAAGAAUUUGAAAGAGCAACUCCACAAGAUUCUUCCGACCAAGCUUCAAUACCACAAACCAACGAAGGAUUCAAAACUUCAAUCUCCUCACUAGUAGGCAGGGGCAGCAACGCUGAAAUCUUUCAUAGCCCGACGACAGCGGAAGAAUCCUCUCAGAUCAUCAAAAUUGGGAACAAUGGGACGUUUGAAGGGCAGCCAAUAGUUAACGCAGAAAGCUUCGAUGCCAAUAGUCAAGGCCUUGACGAAAAGGCGACGAAUCUGCAGUUAGCAGGAAUGCAAGUAACGGAUCAGUCAGCCACCAUGCCAAACAAGUGGUACUCUCUGCGCAAUGGCAAAGUCUCAUUCAUGUCUGAUCCCCGAACGUAAACUACUCAAUGGCCAUCUCGUCU